AUGAUCAAGACGGUGACAAUCAAUGUCCCACUAGUUGACCUCAUUUCGGGCAUGCCUAACUAUGCCAAAUUCAUCAAGGAGCUAGUGACGGACAAGAAGAAGCUAGAUGAAGCAAAGGAAACCUUUUUGAACGAAGAAUGCUCGGCGGUAGUCAAAAACAAGCUUCCACCAAAGCUUGCCGAUCCAGGGAGUUUUCUCAUUGGUUGUUCAUUUGGUACUAAAUCGUCUUGUAAAGCGUUAGCCGAUCUUGGGGCUAGCAUCAAUUUGAUGCCAUAUUCAGUUUUUACCAAGCUUUCAUUUGGGGAAUUAAGGCCCACUAAGAUGAGCAUCCGCCUUGAGGAUCAUUCCUUUCAAUACCCAAUGGGGGUGGCCGAAAACUUGCAAGUGCAAGUAGGCAAAUUUGUUUUUCUUGUUGAUUUUGUGAUUUUAGAAAUGGACGAGGACACCAAGGUGCCUCUCAUUUUGGGCCGACCAUUUUUAUACACCGCGGAUGCUAUCAUUCGGGUAAAGGACAAGGAAAUUUCCUUGGGUGUCGGGGAAGACCGUAUUGUGUUUAAAAUUGAAAAAGCUUUGAAACAUUCUUAUUCUUCCGAUGACACUUGUUUUAGAAUUGAUGUUAUAGAUGAUGCGGUCGAGUUGGAAAAAUUGGAGCUUGUAGGUGUUGAAGAUGACACAAGCGAUGAUAGAUGGGCUAGCAUUGGUGAAGGGAAUGUUGCUAGUGAUCAAGUUAAAGAGAUCAAGGAGAUCUUGGCUCUUAGCAUGGAUGAAACUCCAUUGGAUAAUGAGGAGUUUGAAGAAAUUGAGGUAAUCCCAAGUGGUAAGCUACCUACUUCGCUUGAUAAUCCUCCAACGGAUUUGGAGCUCAAGCCAUUUCCCGAUCAUUUAGAAUAUGCUUACUUGGAAGGUACAUCUCUACUUCCCGUUGUUAUUUCCUCAUCACUUUCGGGUGAGGAAAAGACCAAACUCAUGACCAUUCUAAAAGCCCAUAAAAAGGCCUUUGCUUGGAAGACCUCCGAUAUACCCAGAACUAGUCCCGAUUUUUGCAAACACAAGAUAAAUUUGAUUUAA